UAAAAGGAAAGUGAAGGGAAGUCGGAGAGGUCUGUGGAGGUGAAGCAGCAAUGGCCACGAAGGGUUGCCCCGCCAACGCGUUCCUCUACAACGGCACGCUUUGCGCUUGCGAUCCCGGGAGGUACUUUCUCAAUGGGAGCUGCGCGCUGUUCAAUGCUUCGGCUGGCACAUGGGGGAUCAGCUCCAACGUGGAGUCGACUUCGACCUUCUUGAGCACUGUGCUACCUUUGGAUUCCAUCAAGCGGGUCACGCAGUCGCAGGCGGUGCUGCUUGAGGCCACGCUGGUGACGCUGGUGUUGUGGUUGAUGUUCUGUGUGGUAAUUCGGUUUGUGAAGGUGAAAGAUGGGAAGAGCAUCUGGUUUCGGAUUCGGUGGUGGAUCAGUCGCCUCGAUUUCUUCUAUGCUACGAAGCACUGGAUGGAUGACGGCACGGUAGUAAGAAAAAGGAAAACUGAGCUGGGUGGAACUUUUUCUGUAGCAAGUUGGAUUCUUUUCGCCGGCUUAUUGACUGUGUUACUCUAUCUUCUUAUUACAAAAAGAAGCAUUGAGGUGCAUAGAAUGAGACCAGCUAAUGCUCCAGAUUUACUUGAAUUUGUGAAUGAUUUGGAAUUCAAUAUUACUACAAUUUCUAGUAUGAGCUGUUCUCAUCUACGUGGUCUUGAUACCUUAGUAACCGGAAUUCCUGGCUUCAUUGAUUAUAGAGUUUUCCCUUUGUCAACUUACCUAAAUUAUCACUGCUAUAAUACCAGCAGGGGGCCGACUAUAUCCCUUAAGUGCAAUAAUUGUCAAGUUCCUCGAAGAGACCACUUUGUUUCAUGGGAUUUUGUUGACCUUCCAAAUGAACCUGCCACUGCUGUUGGUUUUGAGUUCAGCUUCACUGCAAAGGAUCAUAGUGAUGAUAGACAUAUGAGUUAUGUCAGAGGCACACUGGAAUCAAGUUCAAAUGGUACAUUGAAAACCUUUAGAGGUCCAGAUUUGAACAUAUUAAAAAUUCAUUUGUUUCCACGGGCCUAUAAUAAUAUGCAUAACUUAAAGCUCAUUCAGCCUUUGUUUUAUGACUUUGUCCCUGGUUCAUCGUUGUCUGAGGCUAGCGAUCUCAUGUCUUCUCUUCAAAGUUCCAAAAGUGGAAUAGUUAAUACUACGCUGUAUAUGAGAUACCUUGCUGAUUACAUUGUCGAGAUUGACAAAGAAAGUGUGAAUGGUCCUGUGACUUUCCUCGCGGAUGUUGGCGGGCUAUAUUCAUUUAGUGUUGUUAUUUUCCUUUACUUAUUGCUGCAAUUUGAGGCCAGAUUCAAGAAGUUCCGUUAUGAGGAUAGUGCUAUGCGAAAUAUAAAAAAUCGGAGUCGUGCUCAACGAAAUUGGGAUAAGUUGAGGAAGUAUGUUGCGUACACUUGGGCUCCUACCAGUUUGGAUUGCAGUAACAUGAGCAGCAAAGGGCACAGCAAGUCGACGGUAGAUUCUUCUCAUGGAAUUGGGCCUCUUCACAGAACAGAACAGAAUUCAGUUCCUGAGGCAACUGAGAAGGACAGGUCUAAGUUAGCUGGUAGCACUGCAAGGUAUAAUCAUAAACAUGGAAAUUCAGCAGAUGGACAUCAACAAUCUCGACAGUGAUGGUCAUGAUGAAAUUUCGGUCAACCGGACAAUUAGCUUUCAAUGAAUCUGAUUAUUGGUGAAUGAAUUAUUUGACUUGGAACUAUGGCUUUGGUUUGUGCAAAAGGCGAAGUCAUCGGAGGACUCUGUCAAGCUGCAGAUUGAAAAUACUCCGCCUUUUUGCUUGGAUCCUGAGAAGUGUUCUCCAGUUUUCAAUGUAACAUAAUACAACCCUUUGCAUGACUUAGAUGGAGAGAAGGAUGCCAUGUUGUUCAUCAUAUUUGUUAGGCAAGAUUGGAACUGCAGAUAAGGAUUGAUUCAUCUGGUGUUAGCCAGUGAUUUCCUGGGUUUUGGGGGCUGCUACAAUUAUGAGGAUCUAUCUACAUGAGCAAUAUUGGCUUGUUGAUAUUGUGGUGUAUCUGCUGCUGAAUUUGUUCUUGUACCUCUAAUUUGUAAUGUAAAAUAUGUGAAGAAUGUAAAUUAAGAAGAACCACAUUGAUGCUUUUGGAGCAUUUGAUCUUGUAAAAUUGUGUUAACAUUAGGAUUUUAUGGUAAUUAAUCUAUGGUUUUUUUUUUUU